AUGCGCGCCAACUUCAGCGACGACACGCGCAUCUUCUUCGUGACGGCUGACCAGCGCGAUCCCCAGACUGGGCCCUCUUCCCACGCCGGACCGUCCUCGCCGCUGCUGUCCUCGCGCACCUCGCUGUCUUCAACCACCAUCAUCGACGGCGAAGAUUCGAUCCACUUUCGUGACGAUGCAUUCCACCGCGACCAACGACGCUGGUCUGACUCCUGCGAGUCGUCAGAUUCACUGACGGGCAACUUCAUCACCAACCAUUUCCCCAGCCUCAGGAACAAGCUCCCUACGCUACUGGGUAGCUCCGGCUACCAGAAGCUCGCUGCCAGUGACGACGUCCCGCCGCUCAUGCGUCGCAUCGCACACGGCAAAAAGGUCGUCUGCGUUCUUCUUCUCGCCGCACUUUUGCUCGGCAUCGGGACACGUCAGAUCCACAAAGCAGCCCCACCAGCAACGCAUUGCAGCGCGACCGAUUCCUUCUGCUCCUCUUUGCACGACGAAGACUCUUUGCAGGAUGCCUCAGUUCAGCUGCCUGCGAUGCUACGACCCGAGCAUCCUGAGGAGCCUAGUCAGAUUCUGCCCUUCGAUCUGCAUCACGAGGACUCUCUGACGGUCGCACCGCUCGUACCGUCGCCAUCAGCACCCAACAAAAGACAGCUCGACACGAUACCCUCCCAGCAGUACCUGUUCGACACGCAAGCUUGCAUCGAAGCGUGGGUCGCCAACGGUAGCGUCUGCAAAGAGCUGGACGGCUUCUUUCGCAAGCAGCCCGACCUAGCCAACGUCGACCUUCUCUACACAUGGGUCAAUGGAUCUGACUGGCGUCAUUCGAGCGCCAAAUGGAUGCAUGGAUAUCGUCCAGUGGGUCACUGGCAGGAAUAUGUCGAGGACGAUCUCUUCCCUUCGUCACCGAGCCGAGACGCGUCAUCACAACACGUGUCAAGGCCGCCCACCCGCCGAACGUUGCAAGGUGCCGAACAGGAUACCGCUUCAAAGUUGACACGCAGAUCAGGAGUAUCCAUUCAGAGCCGUUUCCGCGACCAUGAAGAGCUGCGCUUCUCGAUGCGAUCCGCAGCCAAGCAUCUGCACGGCCUUUCCACCAUCCACAUUGUCGCGCCCGACUUUUCCGCGCCCUACCACCUUCAGCCCGGUGCUCGUGCGUCAGACGGUCCCAAAAAGGAGCGAAGCCUGUCAUCAUCGCCGGAUCUGAAGUUGGGCCGCCGUUCCUCCAAGCCGGCGUUCGAUCUCAAGGUGGAAAAACUCGCCGAGGGGUUCCUGGGACUGCCCUCUCAACUGCGCCGCGUCCAGGGACUUGGCACCGACCGCUUCACCACGGACGAGGGCCAGAUCCGCGAAGGCCAGCUUCCCCAGUGGCUUUCGAUCGCAGACGACGCGGACGUGCUCGCAGGCCAAGCAGCCGCCACGGACGACAUAAAGUCAUCCUCACACUCCUUCUCCGCAUCCCUGACUCGGCUCUUCUCGUCGCCGGUGUCUACCUCGUCCUCCACAGCUCCGCCCAAAGUGCGCCUGCACCACGACUGGAACGCCUUCACCGACAACUGGCUUGUCACUCACCCACUCACCGCUGCCGAACGCAAGCAUCGCGACGACUACCGUCGUGCCGCGCUGCCGACAUUCAACUCGAUGGCGGCCGAGGCGAUGCUUGGCGAUCAUCCCGGUCUGCACGACACCUUCGUCUACUCGAACGACGACUUCUUCAUCACCGACGACGUGAGCACGGGCGACAUCAGCUCGCCUCUCUACGGACCCGUGCUGCGUCUCGACUACAACCUCGUCGUCCAAGGCAAGCACUCGCCCGACGCGACACCAGGCGAAUGGUCCGCACUGUGGCACACCAACUGGUUGCUGGACCAGCGCUUCGGCAAACGCAAACGCCCGUACAUCCAGCACGUCCACAAGAGCUUCUCACGGUCCUUGCUGAUCGAGGCACGCAUGAGUUGGGCGCAUGAACACGCCAAACUGGCGCUCAACCGCUUCCGCAACGGCGGCGACAACAUCGUCACGCAUUUCCUCUCGUACUACAACAUGAUCGAGCGUCAUCGAGAAGCAUUGCUGUGGAGUUUCUUCAUGCUGAAGCUGGACGAAGAUGGCGAUGGCUUGGUAGGGUCGGCGCACGAGCUGGCAGGGGCUUUGUCGCAGAUGGGUCUCACCGCAAAGCAAAGCGCUACCGCCUUCUCCGCGUCAAACCGAAACCUCACUGUCAGCGUCCGAUUGCCAAAACGCACGACGCUCAAAGACGACGCUGCCAACGCUGCGCUCAUCCGCACUGGCUGGCCUGUUCCCUUGAAAAGCCGCUACGCCUUCAGCUCGCAAGACGGCUAUCCGCUAGGUGACAUCUCGAGCAAAGUCAUCUACCGACGCGACUCGGCCGCGAUGCGUCGCCGAUACGUGCACAGCCCGCAGCCCGAAAACGGUCGUGGGGAAGAGAGCUACUUUGGCUGGCCGAACUUUGUCGAUGAUCCGACGGCCCAUCCGAGCAACGUGUGGUGGAACCGGCGCUUCGAGCGGCCUGCAUGCGAGCUCGAUCUGGACCGAUGUCUCGUUCGACCGUUUGCAGGACUGCAGAAGGGCAAAGUGGCGUGGGAGGAGGUGUUCAAGCAGUUUGCCUAUGUCGAUGGUGCUUGUGGUGACUGUCUCAUCCACCACCUCGUGGGUCGGAGUGGUGAGCGCGGAUUCAACGCGUUUCUUCCCACCGCUGACCGGGUCUACACUGGCAAGACGGAUCCGAACGCGCAGCAUCUCAACCGCGUUCCACACCUCCCACUCACAUCAACCUGGAACGCGUCCUCGCCCGACACCGCAUCCUCACCCGAACCGACCUGCUUCACCGUCGCCUGCGUCCUGGCCAACUCCGGCUUCGGUCACGGUACGCCGCUCCGGCUGUUCGCGAGCCAGCUCAUCCAGCGGUACGCCUACACGAUCGCCGAAUCGCCUCUGCAGUUCAAACAGCUCGAGACGCAGUACAGUUCGCGGCAGACGAUGCGUGAGCUCGAGCACGCGCUGAAGCGGCCCUCGGCACUGGAACGCUUCGAGCAGCGGGAGAAGAACUCGAGCGAGGCAGGCGCGUGGCUUCAAAGUCAGCGCAGAUUCGACUCGAAUCGACCGGUGUUCGUGUGCAUCAAUGACGAUCUGACCGAUCGAUGGGCUGAGAGCGUGGGACCGGAGUUCACGCGGUGGAUGGGCAGGAUGUGGGCCCAGAAGCAGCGGUGGGAGCUGUAA